CUUCUUUAUUAUCUCGUUCACUAUGCAACAAGAGUUAAACUACGUGGAUAUAGAUCCGAAUUUUGAUGUACACGCACCAGCAAAGACUUACUAUACUACAGGAAGUAAUGCUGCAAACGCCAUUCAUCGAAUGCGAAAACUCUCGGGACAUCAUGAGAUAAUCAAGACAGCCGAUCCAUCUAGAAAAAGAAGGGCGUCGCACGAUGACAAAAACAAGCCCCGCAAAUUCCUUCUUGAUGUCAAGGAAACACAAAGAAUUUUAGUAGCACAAGAGGAUACGGAUGGAGAUUUUCAAAUCACCGUAAAUGACUUGGGACCCAAAUCACUUUCUGUUGGCAGUGCAGAUUCUGGCGGUUAUCGCAAAAUUGAAAUUCGAGGCACAUACAUGUUGUCAAAUCUUUUACAAGAACUUGCUCUCGCUGAGGAUUAUGGUCGUAAGCAUAUCGUAUUAGAUGAAGCACGUCUCUUUGAAAACCCCGUAGACCGAUUAUCAAGAAUGAUUCGUCAUCAAUUUUGGGAUGGUUUAACUCGUACUAUUGAUGCUGAUGGUCUCGAGAAGAUUUGUACAGACCCUAAAAAUAGAUUGGCAAACCACUGCCCUCGUAUUUAUAUACCUUACAGUGAGGAUGAAGUAUUUGACUAUUACCAACAUGUUGCCAACACAAGACCUCAUUUGGCAUUGGAAGUCGAAAGACUACCUGAAUUUAUUACUCCUGAAUAUGUAGCAAGUAUUAACGAUAAACCAGGAAUUCUCUCUUUGGCCCUUAGAAAAGUCAGAAAUAUUGAUGGUCAGACCACAUUCCAAGGUGUCCCUUUUGUUGUACCCGGUGGAAGAUUCAAUGAAAUGUACGGAUGGGACUCUUAUUUUGAAGCAUUAGGCUUACUCAUUGAUGAUCGAGUGGAUUUGGCGCAAGGCAUGGUUGAAAAUUUUGCGUACGAAAUUAAGCAUUAUGGCAAGAUCCUGAACGCCAAUCGAUCUUACUAUCUCUCUCGGUCUCAGCCCCCUUUUUUGACCGACAUGGCCAAACAAGUAUAUUUAAAAUUAACAGCUACUGAAAAAGAAAACAAGGAUUGGCUUCGUACUGUAUUACAAUCUGCCAUGAAGGAAUAUCACACGGUCUGGAUGGCUGAGCCUCGUUUAGAUCCCAAGACACAACUGUCAAGAUUUAGGCCUGAUGGAAAAGGUAUUCCACCAGAGACGGAAGCUUCCCAUUUUGAUCAUAUCCUCCAACCUUUUGCCUCCCGAGCCGGUUUAUCCAUUUCAGAACUGAUGAAACGUUACAACGACGGAACUCAAAUUGAGCCUGAAUUGGAUGAAUACUUUUUGCAUGAUCGCGCUGUGCGUGAAUCAGGACAUGAUACAACCUAUCGUUAUGAAGGACGAUGUGCUAACCUAGCUACCAUUGAUUUAAACUCGCUUUUAUACAAGUAUGAGACGGAUAUUGCUGACAUGAUAGAACUUUAUUUAGACGGUCAUCUUUUGGAUGAACGAGGUGUCAAACAAAAUCCUGACCAAUGGCGUGACCGUGCGCUUGCAAGAAAAUCACGUAUCGAUAAAUAUUUGUGGAAUGAUGAGAAAGGCAUGUACUUUGAUUAUGAUACAGUCAAAGAAGAACAGAUCAGUUAUGAAACGGUGACCACAUUCUGGGCCAUGUGGGCUAAUUGCGCUAGCCAGGAACAAGCUGAAAAGAUGACACGUCAGUCUCUUUCCAAAUUCGAGGUCAUGGGUGGUUUAGUGUCCGGAACGGCUGCCUCCAGAGGCAUCAUUACUUUGGAUCGACCAAAUCGUCAGUGGGAUUUUCCUUUUGGUUGGGCUCCCCAUCAAAUCCUUUCUUGGCGUGGAUUUGAAAACUAUGGCAUGAUUGAUGUUCAACAAAGACUUGCCUACCGCUGGUUAUAUGUAAUAACCAAGUCAUUUGUUGAUUUUAAUGGCGUUGUUCCAGAAAAAUAUGACGUUGUGGGUUUGACACAUAAAGUUCAAGUCGAAUAUGGUAAUGUCGGGGUUGACUUUAAGUACGUGCCUCGUGAGGGUUUUGGUUGGAUGAACGCAUCUUAUCAAAUCGGUCUUACUAUCUUGUCCAAACAAAUGCGUCGUGCUCUAGGUACCUGUACAAGUCCUGAUGUAUUGUUUGAUCGCUUAUUACAAAUUCAAGUUGCCAAGGCCAAAGAAAUUACACUGAACGGAAACUUGGACGCUGCUGUUACGGUUAUUGUACCUCCUGAGUCUUCAGUCAUAAUUGACGGAUCUUUUAACAGUAUUAAUCUGAGUAGACAUGAUUCAUCCUCCACUGAAGAAAUUAUUGUCACCCCGGAGGAUGAACCUAUUUCGUUUAUCAAAUAAAAAG